AUGAAGCGAUAUGUUUACAUCAAUGAUGAUGAUCUAUCACAGGAGCUUUACUGUGACAACCGCAUAUCUAACAGAAAAUAUACCUUACUGAACUUUCUUCCCAAAAAUUUAUGGGAACAGUUCAGCCGAUUUAUGAAUCAGUACUUUUUGUUGAUUGCUUGCCUACAACUAUGGUCACUUAUUACUCCAGUUAAUCCGGCAACCACUUGGGGUCCACUCAUUUUAAUAUUUGCAGUCUCAGCAUCAAAAGAGGCAUGGGAUGAUUACCAUAGAUAUCUUUCAGACAAGAAAGGAAAUGAGAAAGAAGUAUGGGUUGUAAGGCAGGGUGUCAAAAAACAUAUUCAAGCCCAAGACAUUCUUGUUGGUAACAUAGUGUGGCUUCGUGAGAAUGAUGAAGUGCCCUGUGAUCUUGUCUUGAUUGGUACCUCUGAUCCGCAAGGUCUUUGCUAUGUAGAGACAGCUGCUCUUGAUGGUGAAACUGAUCUUAAGACAAGGUUGAUACCCUCUGCUUGCAUGGGAAUGGAUUUUGAAUUAUUGCACAAGAUCAAGGGUGUAAUUGAGUGUCCCAAUCCAGAUAAGGACAUCAGGAGGUUUGAUGCAAAUAUAAGGUUGUUUCCUCCAUUUCUUGAUAAUGAUGUUUGCCCAUUAACUGUCAAAAAUACAGUUCUUCAAUCAUGCUACUUGAGGAAUACAGAGUGGGCUUGUGGUGUUUCUGUUUAUACAGGCAAGUCUCUAAUUGCCGACUAG